GAGAGAGAGAGAGAGAGAGAGAGCUGCACAGAGUCUCUGAGGUCCGCAUCGCUCCUCUCGCGCUCCUCUGAUGGACUGAUGGUGAUGAAGAUGAUGAUGAAGGCUCAGUGAUGAAGAGGAUGUUCAGGGCUCUGGAAUCUCAGCGUCUGCGCUGCUUGUGUCGGAUGAGCCGGAUCGAUGUGUUUUAUUGGAUAUGAAAUGAAUGAUGAAUGUGUUCAGAGAUCUGAGCUGAUUGACUCAAACUCGCUUCUUUAUCAUGGAUCCGAAUCUUCUCACACUCUUCAAACUUUCCCUGAUCUUCGCAGUGAACAUGCUGAUGACGAGAGGUUUAUCAGAUGCAGACGCCGCUGAUCUGUCCUUCACCCAGCAGCCACGGCUCCUGCAGUGCAAUCAGUCGGUUCUGCUGCUGGAGAUGGAGAGAUGCGGAGAAAGAUUCAGCAGCGACAUGAAUCACGUCCAUCCAGACAACAGAUGUAACCUCACACACUUCAUCAGAGAGUAUCACGUCUUCUCGUUCUGCACGGAGAUGAACGCCGAGCGCAUCGGCUGCUUCUGGCCGAACCCGGCGGUGGAGCGCUUCAUCAUCAGCGUCCACAAGCACUUCUUCUCCAACUGCAGCCUGGAGCGCGUGGUGCUGGUGGACCCGCCGGACGACACGCUGACCCUCCUCAUCCUCGUCCCCGUCGCCCUCACGCUGGCCAUGGUGGCGCUCGUGGUCUGGUGCAGCAAGAGGAGCGACAUUCUGGCCUAGAGCCUCCUGCCGGCCUUCUCCUGGAGGUUUUACGGUGUUUUUCAAAACGUUGCCUCUUUUUUACACACAAACUGCAAACACCUUCGCUAUACUAUUACGUCCUGUUAGAUGUGUGUGUAGAUUACGUCCUGUUAGAUGUGUGUCAAGGUGAUUCAGUGCUAACAGAAGAUCUGUCAGGUUCUCUGGACGGACCACACGCGUCACGUACUGUACAGCUAUUAUUUAAUGUUUUAAUUAAAUAACAUAGAUUUAGAGCAUCUGUCAAAGUCAGACUGCCGUGUUUGUGGUUUUCGUCAGGUCUCUCCUCGCUCAGUGCUCGUUAUCAUCUCGACAGGGAUUUUAGCUUCUCUGACUUGCAGGAAACGUAAGAUUUUUUUCAGGACUGUUUUGAUUGAAUCGGACUGAAGCGGGACAUGUGAACGUGUUCGAAUGAGAAGGCUUGUUUUAGGAUGAAGGUAUUAUUUAUAUGAGAAGGAAAGCAGUGUAUUGUGUGCGACUUAAAGACACAAACAAAAGACAAUAGUUUCUCUCGAGCGUCUGGCCUCGUGUUCUCCAGAAGGGCCGUGUAGAGCCAGAGCCACAGGAAGGAUAUAAAAGCCUUUCCCAGCGCAGACGAUGAAUGAGAGGAAAUGGGCUGCUUACGAUUUCCACUAAAAGAGCUACAGGAACCAUUUUCCCUGAAUCUGUGCGUUACGAUGAGGCCGUGAUCUUCUGGAGUCUUCGUCUGCGGCGUGUCUUCUUCUUCUGCGCAGAACAGCAGAUACAUCCAUCAUUUCUGUACUUGAUAAGCAUAAAAAAUAUUCCACCGAUUCAGAUCCAUCGAUGAAACGGGUCAGAUUUCUGCGCUCAAGAAAUCACGUACUGCUUGCCUCUCCUUCAUUUCAUUUAAAUAUUUAAAAAAUAUAUAUUUCUUAGAUUUGGUUUAAAAUCUGUUCGUCGUGAAAAUAAAUAAAUUAGUGCUGUGAAAUGAUUAAUCAUUUGAAAUGAUGCAUACAUACAAACACAUGCAUGUAUAUAUUUAAGAAAAAUAUAUAAUGUUUAUAUAUGAAGUAUAAAUGUAAAUAUUUCCAAAAUAUAUAUACGUAAUAAAUAUACACAGUACAGACACAUAUAUUAUUUAUUUUGGAAGCGAGAAGUCUGACCUGUUUCAUUGCUGACAAAUAUGAAUCAUAUUAAGUUUAUUAGUUUAAGUGUGUAUUCCACAUGGAUGGAAAGUGAUAUGCAAUUCAAAAACAUACAUCUUAAAUUGAAGUGUUUGAUUGAGGCAUGAUGUGUGUGUUUUGCUGUGAGCAGGUUCUGAGUGUAUUAUUGGACGUGGCCUCGAGUCGAUGGAGAGGUUUUUUUAGCGCCUCCAGCGCUCACUUCCUGUUUACUUUAGAGAUCCCACACUACUAAGUGCAAGUUCACGCAGAAACACAGCGGAGCUAAUUUUAACCGGACUCACAGAUUUCCGUCACAUAAGUGUUUCUUCCAUCAUCCCGCUGUGGACGUGAUGUUCAUCUGGAACGCUGAAUCAAUCACAGCUUCUUUCCUGCUGAAGUCAUGAAUUAUACAUUCAUAUCAUAUCAUACACACACCGCUUCAGUUUCUGUUUCUCUGUUAGAUAAUAAAUGAUCUGAUUUAUUCUGU